AUGGUUCCCGUUGUCGCUCUCGCUACCCAAAAGGUCCUGCCGGCCACGGUUUUCCUUGGAGCUGCUGGUGGCGUCGCUGCUUACGUCCGCUCACAACUGCGAACCGAGUCCAACACUAUGGACCGCUUCUUUGCUCAAUACAAGAGCCCACAAAGCGAAUUGUCAAGACAAAGGGUUUUUGAGGGGGCUCAGGAGGAUCCGCGAAAGAGCCUCUUCAACGUCUUGGGGUGGUAA